AUGAGGGGUUGGAGAGAGGAGGUGGUGGCGCUGUCGCUGGAGGCGCACGGCCCCGGCGACGACCGGCCGGAGAAGCCGCGCCGCUACGGGGUCACGGAGAUGAGGAGCCCCUGCUACUCCUUCCGCCCCGCCCACCACGCGCUCCAGGAAAUAUUGGAUAAUAUCGGCCCUUUUGUUGACGGUCUGAAGUUUUCCGGUGGAUCUCAUAGUUUGAUGGGAAAAGAACUGAUCAGAGAGAUCACCGAUUUAGCACACAAGCAUGACAUGUAUGUGAGCACUGGUGACUGGGCAGAGCAUCUCCUGCGCCAGGGACCCUCUUCGUUCAAGCAAUAUGUAGAGGAAUGCAAGGAGUUAGGAUUCGACACCAUUGAGCUCAACGCCGGAUCUCUCAAGCUCCCUGAAGAGGCUAUCCUGAGACUAGUACGCCUCAUAAAGAACAACGGUUUGCGAGCCAAGCCCCUGUUUUCAGUGAAGUUCGACAGCUCUGAUAUCCCUGCAGCCGGUGAUAGGGCGUUUGGGGCUUACAUAGCUCCAGUGAAGCAGAGCUCAGAAAGAGUCGAAGACAUUGACCUGCUGAUCAGGAGGGCCGAGAGAUGCCUGGAGGCAGGUGCGGACAUGAUCAUGAUCGACACCGAUGACGUGUGCCAGCGCGCUGACUCUCUCAGGGCGGACGUCAUCGCGAAGAUCGUCGGCCGGCUCGGGCUCGAGAGAACCAUGUUCGAGACAUCCGGUGCCAACACCUCCGAGUGGUUCGUCAAACGAUACGGCCCACGAGUACGCCUCUUCGCCGACCACUCCGAGGUGAUGAACCUGGAGCGCCUCCGGGGCUUGGACGUGCGCAGGAGCGUCCGCCCCCUGCUCCCUUCGCCGUUCUUCCUGAUGUGA